AUGGAGGAGCCUAAACAGGACGUCAGAGAGAAAGUGGAAGGUGAAUGUCAAAAAGGCAUGAAUCCACACUUGCCAGCCGACCCAUGUGACAGCAAACCUGACAACAUGGCUCCAGAGCUGGUGCUUAAAGUAAGAAUUCAUGGCUCCAAAGAGAACGACUUCAUUGAGAUUGAAUUGCACAGACAGGAGCUGAGUUAUCAGGGCCUACUGCAAGUGUGCUGCUGUGAGCUGGGGGUCCGCCCGGAGCAAGUGGACAAGAUGAGGAAGCUGCCAAACACAUUGCUCAGAAAGGACAAAGACAUCCAAAGACUCCGGGACUUUCAGGAGAUAGAAGUCUUGGUGAAGAGCAGAAACUCUGAAUGGACUUAG